AUGGCACCCAAAAAAACUUAUGAAUUCAUUAAUGAGUACUGUGAAAUUUGCAAAAAACAGCUAAGACGGAAUCAAACUUCACUUCAUAAAAUUACUCGAGAGAAAUUAUGCAGGGGAUGCUACAAGAAGCAUAAACUACCGUAUGGCCCAAGCUGUUGCAAUCCAUCUUGUGAGAACCGAAUCGGAGGAAAAAGGAAGAUCUUGGUAUGUGUGGAGCUUCCAGAUGAUAUAUGUCAGUCCUGCGGAUAUCACGAUGCGAUGGAAAAAUUGAAACUGACUGAAAAGAAGGAAACUCCAACAGAGACACCCCAUUCAUUCUUCAAACAAUUUAUGGAAUCCCAGGAUCUGAGCGGUUCAAUUAUUCAGAAAUUCAUUGAAUCCCAAAAUCUAACUCCGCCCACUUCUGAAAUUUCUUCAAAAAAAGAAAAUCGAGAAUCCAAAAUGCCACAAAACAUUUCUCCAAUUGCAAGAACAACGAGAAGUCCUGAACUAUGUCGGGAUGCUGAUGUCAACCACUACCGAUCGACGGCUCCAGGAGCAAUAAUCCUGCCACCAAGUUUUCUGCCAAGUCAUGACACCAGUGGAUAUGAAAGAACAGAUGAUUCAAAUCCACCAACUGUAGCUUCCGCUCAACCAGUCACAACCGUAUCUCUGUCCACUAUUAUACUGGAAGCAGUCCCCAGAGUUGUUAUAUCCGAGACGGUCUUGAUAUCGAAACCCAACAUGGAGACAGUCGGAAGUAGUAAUCCGAUCCCAAUGCGAGUCCCGAUAAUCCGGAUACCUGAACCUUCUGAAGACUUUUUCAGCUUUUCUGCUCGAUCAGAUACCGCGUUCUCUGACCUAACUCAAGAUUCCCAUUCCGGAUUCUCAAGUUUCUAUACCUCUCUGUAUGACACAAGAGGUUUGAGUACACCGAGACUGGUCGAGACGCCUACAGCUCCUCCUAAUCCAUGUGUCGACAGUCCAGUGCCAUUUUCACUACUGGAAUCACCCACUGAGCUCAUAGGCAGCCCUGCGGCUCUGAACCCAAGCGUAGACUCCUCACUUUUGGUUCCAUGGAUAGAUCCCCCGGUACCUCCCGUCGUUUGUUAUCGUAACCUUCACAGGGAAAGUGUGGAAGCAGUCCCACAGCAGCUACCGUACCCUUUGAUACCUGGGUACCCGGCGUACCCACCUUCCUUCUUGAGACCUAUGUCUCCAAUAAUGAAGCACCCCUUGUUUGGGUAUAGUCCUGAGACGAAUUCACAGCAAGUUUUCUACUGCCCGCCAUCUCAGAUACCGUUCCCGGAAAAAGAGGAUCCCGAUAUUGAAGUAGUUUAUGAAAACAUCCAUUGUUAUAAUCCGAGCUCCCCUCAAAAGACACCAAAAAGCUCAUUCCUCACAAGAAGACAGGAAUCACAAAACAAGAGCGUCCAAAAUUCCUCACAAAAGACUGCAAACAAAUGCCGAGAAGUGAUUUCAAUGAGGAGAAAAAUAAAUUUAAAGAGAUGGGCCGAAAAACAAGAGACAAAUUGCUCAAAUACAUUCUGCAACCUACCACUACCUCCGGGAAAACACGCCACUCAUCCUGUCACUAAGAAGAAAAUUUGUGUUGCUUGCGAUGCCUAUUAUAAAAUAACUGGAGGGGCUGGAGAUACUGUAGGAGCAAAAAUCAAAGCUCGUCGAUCGGAAUUUUUUGUCACAUCAAAUACUUUGUCGGAAGAAAAGAAUCAAAAUCGAACCAAUGCAAACACAGUAACAUCUGCGAAUAUUCCAAUAUACGAUGUUUCAGAUAGUGAUUGA